CUGCAUUUAUUACAUUCAUGACAAAGCUGCGGUAAUUGAGAAAAUUAGAGGAGUUCCGUUAUAUGCUGAUCAAACUUAAUGGGCCGAAUCAUAUGAGGCCGUCUCCUUAUCGCUAGAUGUGACGUUUUAGUCGAUGUGGCUGUAUAGAACAACACUUGAGGGUCUGUUGCAGACCAAGAAGAGUUGUCUCUGGAGAGACCACUGGGAAUUCUUCGUUGACCAGUGUAUCGUGAGCAGUGUAUUGCAGCUUGCCUGAAAAAUUAAUCCAAGACUUGUCUUGAACUGAGAUUGACACGCCAAAUAGCGCGUAAAAUAUGAACGCACUUGUUAGACAAGCUGAGUGACACGCACACGAAAGAUGGAAGUAUCGCAGAAUUAAGUCUACAGUGUAAUCUUGUACAAGGUAUAUUGAACUCGUUCCUUCACUUGACGGGCCAUUUAUACUUUCCACACAAUUGUAAUCCCGCAAUGAGAGAUUUCGGUUCUAACUUAAAUCGUGUGUAAAAUUCACUAGAGCGUUUAAGAUUCAAAAGAACGAGGUCAACUUUACAAUGUAAAGCAAUUAAUAACAUUUUCGAAUUCAAAAAGUGGUGCACCGCUGCUCAUAAUUAUCAUAUGGUUUCAACCAAAUAGCCGGCAACUUACAUAAUUCAAGUUUCAGAUUUUAUUACCUGGAAUAUGGCGGUAAAGGAGUGGUUCAGAAGGCUGCAGCCCAUGCAGCUUUACCUUGUUUUAUUCCUCACCUCUGCAUUUUUUGCCGUCGAAUUGAUAACGAGCCACUUAACGCACGCAUUGACCCUUCUGGUCAAUGCUUAUCAUAUGCUGUGCAAUAUCAUCGCUCUCAUCGGCUGCAUCGCCUCAAUAAAGUACAGCAGUCGAGAAGACUACCCCGAAGAACGCAAUCACUCUUUCGGGGACCUCGCGAUCUGCGACGCUUCCCAUGUCAACUCCGGUUCCGUACCAUCCCUAUCAAUAAAAAUAAAGCAAUCGCGGUCAGACAGAAGGAUGAAGAACACCUUUGGCUGGGCAAGAAUAAACAUUUUGACGAUGCUGGUCUGCUGCGUCUUUCUUGCGUCGUUCUGUUUUUCUCUGCAAGUAGAAGCUCUCCAAACUUUGGUGCAUAUCGAUCACGCGGACGCGAUGCACCAUCCUCUUGCGGUUCUCUGCAUCGGUGCAGCGGGAAUUCUCCUGAAUGCUUUUUGCUACAUCUUCAUCGGGGGAUAUACGUUUUACCAUGGCAGUUCUCUACAGGUCACCCCUGACGGUGAUGUCAUCAUCAAAAGAAAUAUCAGCACCAAUUCCGUAGUUGCGGGUGAGGAGCAACUCCAGGCGACAAGAACCCGAAAUGCAAAUUCUCUUCGACUUUCGGGAAGACAAGGAAUCCGAGAGAUGUGCAGGGACGUCCUAGGCUGUAUUUUUGUUAUAGUGGUGUCCGUCUUGGUGCACUACACCGAUUCUGAUAUCGGAAAAUUUAUAGAUCCAGUGAUCGCAAUUAUAUCGUCCACCUCACUUUUCGUGCUCAGCUAUCCCUACAUGAAAGAAUCUGGUCUUAUCUUGCUGCAAACUAUUCCGAAUCACAUAAAUAUCGACUCACUUAAAAAAGAACUGCUGGAAGCAUUUCCUGGCGUAGUGAACGUCCAUGAUCUGCACGUUUGGCAGUUGACGGGUGAUAAAGUUAUAUCUACAGCCCACAUAAUAUUUUUAGACCCUACGGUAUACGCCAGUAUAAGACAUCUCGUCACGGCUUUUUUCGUACAGAUGGGGAUUACCCAGGUCACAAUUCAGCCAGAAUUUCAAAAGCUGAAACCUGAGGUGAAACAAAUUGAUUGUUUAAUUCGGUGCCAAGGUGAGAAUUGUAGCCUCGGUCAGUGUUGUUCGAAAGAUGUUCUUUCGGAUCCUGACCCGACCACAGAGGGGAAAGAGCAGAGGCGUCAUUCUCACACAAUCAACCGGAAAUUUGAACAUAAGGAAAUCAUACCAGCAUCGCCACCGAUAAGUCUGAAAAGGUUUACUCUGCACGCGUCGGAGUAUUCGGAAAAUUCUAGUAGUCGAGAAACCCUGCCGGAAGAUAUGAAAAUUUUGAAAGUUGAUACAAAUACGGCAAACUGCGGCAGUGCAAUAGAGCGCAGCGAAACUCCGACGAGGUCGACGAAGGUCCCAAAAGUUAUGGUUGAGCAGGAGAACAAAAAUGAAGGGGUUGUUUGAAAAUAAUUCCCAUCGCGUAAUGUUGUGAAAAACCGAGCAUGUGGAGUCUUCUCGUUUUACUCCGAGUGUGCUCGUUUAACGGAUACAGUUGUAAUUGUAAAAUAAUUAGUGAUACAAGCAAUCGCAGUAAAUCGAUAAUGAUUGAACUGAAUUUGACCAAGUGAGACGUUUUAAUGUGUAGGAUAUUUAUUUUUGUGAUUAAAGUUAGCGAAGCAGUACUAUGAAAUUGUCAAGCUAAGGUCCUACAACAAUGUUAUACGACAAACCCUCGGACCUCAGAGUAUAAGAGUACCGGUAUUAGUUGUAAGUUCACUGUUGAUCCCAACAUCGAUGUAUGAUACAUAAUAAAUAAUGAUGCAUAAUUUUUGAA